GUGUCCCCUGUUUGAAUCAAACACGUUUCACCCUGCUGAGAAAACGUUGAGAGUUUCUGCUGUUCCUCUCGUUUUCAGGACUUAUUAACAUACUAAACUAUGGAUUUGGAGUCAAUGAAAUAUGCUGAGCUACGCGACCUUGCGAAGCAGCUAGGUCUCAAGGCCAAUAUGAAGGCGGACAAGUUGUUUAAAGCCAUUAAGAAGCAUUAUGAGCGAGAAAAGGACACAGAAAACAAGAUAGAAGCUACGGUGGCCAAUGUCACUGCUGAGGUGAAGACAGACGAAUCCACGGAUGCGGUUUUGAGUUCCUCAGUGUUUGUCAACACACGUCGAGGAAAAGCGCAGAAGAAAAGGUUGGGGGAUGAUGUAUUCACGUCUGGCCCCGAAGACACGUCCGUGAACAUCCCUCCAAGUGAAGUGGAUCCACAAGUCCACCCUGAAAACAAGAGACGUCGAUUGUCCACUCUAUCCAAGACUGAGAAGGAAGCGAAUAAACCUGUGGUCGAGUCUUCAGACAUGAGUAGUCAAGUACAGAGCGAUGCCAAGGAGGAAGAAGGUAAUGAUGUUCCCAUUGUAAUCAAAGCCGGUAAGAUCCCUCGCUACAAAGGGCGGCGGCAGGUGAACAGGGCAGCCCUGAAACCAGUCACGCCCAACUUCCAAAAACUGCAUGAGGCCCAAUUCAACAAGAUGGAGUCCAUCGACGCCUAUAUGCAAAGACGGAACAACAACAACAAGAUGGAGCCUAUUCAAGAGCCUAAGGUGGCGAAGCCUUCUCGCGUGUCCUUGUUCAGCCCCGCGCCCUACAGGAACAAGAAACCGCUGACUUCGAACAAACCAGAUCCUCAAAGCAAGGUGGCUGAAAAAAAUAAAGAUGCUGUCUUCAAGCCCUCUGUGCUUUCCACAAGAAGGAUCAACGUCAGGUUUUCCGAGUUGAUGCCGGAUAACGAGUACAAGCGAUCACUGGUGAAGACGCCAGCACGCAAGUCGCUCGCCUUGGCCACUAGCACACCCAGCAAGCAGACGCCCGGAGGAAGGAAAACCUCCACUGCAGCAUCAUUUGUGUUCACCGGCAACACGAGCGUCACCCCGGGAACGCAGAAGAAGCCCGUUUUUGACCUGAAGGCCAGCCUGUCCCGCCCGCUUCCUUACAAGCCUCACACAGGCAAGCUGAAGCCAUUGGGCGACUGCGAAGAAAACAAAGUCGCUGACAAGUCUUUGGUUGCUGAUUCUCGGGUAAAAAACUACAAACAGCACAGAGUGCAGACCAGGGAGGAGAGGCAAACCAAACAAGAAGAAGAUCGCAAAGCAAAAAAGUCAAACUUGCUGUGUGCACGACGAGGCCUGGUGAUGGAUUAGCCUGCUGGAUUGCUUCUUUUUUUUUUUUUUUUUUCUUGUAAAUAUAUUAACUGUCGCUAUCUUAUUUUAGCUUCUCCUGGGUGGCAUUUGUUAGCAUUUUCGUUUGCAGCUUUGUCAAUCAGUUUGUUUUUAUUCCAAGCGCUGUGUAUUAACUUCCAUAUUUGUUUCUUUUAUUGUUGUUUCUAAAAUAAAAAGGCAGAAGAGAAUUACCUUCUCUAAAAUAA